AAAGGAAAAAGUCAUCUUGCAGCAGUAAGGAUUUGCGGCGAUAAAGCAUAUAAUAUUAGGCGACCAAUGUAUGAUAUGGAUAAAAUCCGAACAGAUAUUAAUCUGUUGUCGUGGUAUUUAAGACAUCCGCAAGAGAAGAGUGGAAGGAAAGAAGAGAAGAAUACUUUUGAUAGAGAAGAUCCAGACCUGGAUCCCUACAGGUCUUCCCGAAAGUUUUCUGCUCCUGUAUCUUUGGAUGAUCCCGUUGGAGAUGACAAGGAAAAACAACGACUUCGUCAAGAACGUCUUAUGACUGUUAACGAGGAAGUGUUGGAUGAAAUUGGCUCGGAAAAAAAGAAGGCCCGCCUAUUAGAUGAAACUAAACGACGAGAGCAAGAAAUUUUAAACGAAAUAAUUAAACAGGAUACUGAAGAAGAUUCAGAAAAGGAACAAUUCGAAGCUGAAUACACUAACAUCUAUGCCAAUGAAGAGGAACGCAAAGCUGAAGAAGCACGCUUGGUUGAAGAAGCACGUUUGGCUGAAAACACGCGUUUAGCUAAGGAAGCCCUCGAAGCCGAAGCACGAUCAGUUGAAGAGGCACGAAAAGUUGAAGACAUGCGCAAAGCAAAAGAAUCGCGCUUGGCUGAAGAAGCGCGUUUAGCAAGUAAAGCUGAAGAAGACCGUUUGGAAGCAGAAGCUCGUUUAGCUGAACAAUUACGAAUGGAAGAAGAAGCUGCACAAAAAGCAGAAAAAGCUCGCCUUGAAGAAGAAAAACGCCUACGAGAAGAGGAAUUGAGUCGUUUAGCCGAAAUCGAGAAACAAGCUGCGGAAGAACAGGAAGCAGAAUUGGCGCGUCAAGCUGCAGAGCUCGCUGAAAUCGCACGCCAAGAAUUACAUGCUAUACAGCCAGCAGAUGAAUCAAGUUUCUCAGGUUUAUAUAGCAUUGUUACAGCCGAAACUGUCAUGGAGCAACCGGAAAGAGCCAUCUCUGAAAUUAAACAGGAACCAAUAAUUGAAUUGUCCUCUCAUAUUGAGGCAAUAAAAUCUGAGGGUGAUGCCGUAGUGGCUCCGGAGGAAGAAGAUGCAGAAGAGNUAUUAAUAAAAGAAGUUGAAGUUGAAACGCAAACAGAGUAA